AUGAAAUUUAUAACUUUAUUAUUUUCUAUUUUAUUAAUAAAUAUUGUAUCUUCAAUUGAUCCAACAAUUGUAAGAAUUAAAUCCCCAGCUGUUGAUACUUAUGCAUCAGAUUUGUGCCGUCCAAUUUUUAAUGUUUUAAUUAAAUAUGAUGGUAUUGUAAAUCCACAACAAUAUAAUUUUAAAACCAAGAAUGAAGCUGGAAUGAGUUAUCCAUCAAUUAUAAAUGGUACAUCAUAUUUAUUUUAUGUUCAACAUCAAGUUCCAAUCGGUAAAAACCAACCAGUUUCAUUCCAACUCGAAGACUCCUCUGUCUAUCCAUCAUUAGUAUGGAAUUUCACCAAUUAUGCUACUAUUGACUGUGAUCCAAUUCCAACUACUCUUACCAUGCAAGCUAAACAAGAUAAGUGGGUUUCAACUAAAGGUUUAUGGAGUCUUAUAUAUUGGCAAAAGUUAUUUGUAAUUAAUGGUCUCGAGAAAUCUCUACCAAGUGAUGGUCUUGUUUGUACAGUUCCACAGCCAUUUGUUUGUUUUUUCACUGAAUAUCUCAAUGGUCCAAAGAUUAAAAACUUUUUAUUCCAAAUUGCUCUUCGUAAAAGCUCAGCUCCAUAUACUCCAUUUAAUAUCGUUAUUUCCGAUAGCCAAGGUAGAGUUUUACAUAGUAGUCCAUUUGAUGGUUUAGAAAGUCCAUCAAAUCCACCAGUUUCAAUUACAAGUUUAGAAGUUUACCCAAAAAAUGGUUCCAGUGUUUAUAAUGAUGACAUUUUAAAGAAUGCCAUGUAUACAAUGAAUAUUAUAAACUAUAAGGGUGUAGUUAGUGUUGACUCUUCAAGCACUGUAUAUGUAGGAAAUACUUUAAUUCCACUUUAUGGAAAUCCAUCAAAUGCUGCAUAUAUUGGUUUCACCGAAUUAAUUGGCUCUAGUCCAAGUAUUUCAAAUCUUCAACUUGUAGAUUCCCAAGGUUCCAAAAGAAUUGGUGGAGAUAAUUAUGUUUUCUUUGAUAAAAAAACUUACCCAGAUAUUUUUGAUAACCCAAGUUCUGCCCAAGCUCUUAAUACUUUCAUUAAUACCACUAUUCUUAAUAUUAAAGCUGAUAUUACAUAUUCCCCAAUUGUUGAAGUUUCAUCAAACUUUUUGGAACAAUCAAUGAUUCUUAAAUAUCCAUUUGGCUAUUCAAACGGUACAAUUAAAUAUCACUCCCUUUCUGCCUCUUACCCAGUCCCAAGUUCAUUAAAUACAGUUAACAAUUAUUUCCAAUGUACUUUAUCAAAAAGAAAUGGUCAAUCUUUUAAUGUUGCCCCAAGUAGUAUUAUUGACUCAAUUUUACCACAAAUUUUAAAGGUCGAGACUGUAUUCCUUGAUUUUGAAAGAGUCAUCACCAGAGUUUACGCAAAAGAUCUUGAAUCUGGUGUCGCCUCUUUGUACUUAACAAAUAUGGCUAAAAUGACUGCUGCCGAUUUAGUUUAUGGUGAUAACUAUAAUGGUGUUUAUGAAUCUGUAGAAACCUUCCAAACUUAUUUUGGUACCAAAAAACCAACAGUCAGCGUAAGAGAUAACUCUGGAAAUACUGUUCAGGUUACCAGUUACCAACCACUUAUAGACACAGAGUUUAAUAUUCUCCCAGACUACCCACUUUAUAGAUAUGUCCAAGAGCAUGCUGAUUUAGAGCCAUAUACCUUUUCUGCUUUCGAAUUUAAACAAAAUGAUAUCGAUGUUUCAAAUGGCCCAGCUAACAAUUCUUUAUGUUUUAACUUUGCUGGUUCAAAUAAAACUAUGAUUCCACGUUUCUUAAUUUUCCCACGUCCAUUAAAUACCGAAGCUGCCUCAUUAUCAGAUGCCACUCCAGGUGAAUGGAAUGAAGUCAAAGGAAUGUUUUGUUUAGAUUUCCAAAUUCCAGCUAGAGUUUUUACAGGAGAAGUACUUUAUGGUGUUUUAAUUUCUCCAUAUGUAUAUGAUUCAUAUUUUCUUACCAAUGCUCUUGGUGAAAAGGCCCAAUUAAGAGUUAGAUCAAGCUUUGCAGAUCAAAUGCCACCAAUUAUUACAGAAUUUGCCACAUAUCCAUCAAAUAAUGUCGAAAUUACCGAAAAUACAAACAUUGGAUGGAAUAUUAGAAUCGAAGAUUCACCAAAUGGUUUUAAAUCUGCCGAAUUCAAUAUUACAAGUGACUUUGAUUUAGAACCAUAUACAAUUAGAUUAACUCCAACCAACGCAACUUCUGGAAAUGCAAAUAGCGGUACAUAUCAAUUAAGAAUCCCAAUUAAAGCAAAUACAUGCAGAUCACAAUCAUUUAGAAUUUCAUCCGCUUCAAUUACUGAUACCCAAGGUCACACUUCACUCUUACCAUCAAACUUGAAUAUUAAUCCAUUAAUUAAGUUCUUAGACUCUCCACAUUUAACCUUAAAUAUUACAUGUCCACAAGCUAUUGUCGAUAAUACCCCACCAGUUUUAACCAGCUUCUCACCAUCAGUCAACACCAUCGAAGUAGGUGUUUACAAAGACUUUAGAAACAUUACAUUCACAUUCACAACAACCGACUCAGGCUCUGGUAUUUCAACAAGACAUAUCCCAGUUGUUUAUUUAACUUCUAAGAACUUUGAUAGAUUUUAUAUCUCAACAACAUUUUAUAAUGAACAGAUUUCACAAGUUAGCAAAUUAGUAUCAUAUGCUAAUGGUGUUGCCACCUAUACAUGCACUAUUCAAUUACCAUAUGGUUAUGGUUCAUACCAAGGUAUUCUUGCUUCAGUCUACGGUAUUGUUGAUAAUCAAUUAAACAUCAAUGGUUAUUCCACUACUGAUCUCCAAUCACUUGGUUUCCAAAGCACUAUUAAAGUAACCUAUUCAAACAAUCCAGUACUCGAUACCACCAGCGCCAUUAACUCUACUGGUACAUCAUUAACAAUCUAUGGUCACAAAUUCGGUAUUGACUCCACUAAAAUUACUUUACAAGUUGAUUAUCAAAACGGUCAAGGUUGGAAAAACACACCACUUUCAUUCUUUUCAGGUAUUAUUUUAAUGACCAACAGCAUCACACCAACAUCCACACCAUUUUAUGUUCGUGUUAUUGUCGAUGAUAGAAUUUCAAAUUCGCUCUUAGUAGUCCCAACUGGUGGUGGUAAUAACCAAUGCAAAUAUGAAAUUAUUCAAACAAUUGUUGCUCAAUGGAAUAAUUCACAAAUUUAUCCAUAUACCCAAACCCAAGCUGUAAUUAAAAAUACUGGUUCUAAACCAAUUACAUCAUUUAGAUUCAAAAUGGACAAUGUUGAUCAAAUUUGGGGUGUAGAUAAAGAUACUGCUACUGGAGAAUAUACUUUACCUUCUUGGAACCCAAUCAUUAAUCCAUUUGAUCAAUAUAUCUUUGGUUAUAUCGUCAAAAGCUCAACAGUUGGUCAAUUUAUUAAUCCUAAUCCAGUUUGUUAA